UAGACGAACUAGGGAUUUGCCUGGAGUACUGAGUUGGUAUUUUUCAACGGCCGUUCGGAUUGAAAGGCUGCAGACAUGAGCUCCUUUCUAGAGUCUACCCGUUCGUUGAUGCAGACCUUCGCAGGCAAACUGCAGGAGUUCACCAAAGAUGUGGACAAUGUCCACAUGGUAUGGCUGGAGGAGAUCCAGCAGGAAGCCCAGCGUAUGUUUGCCAGUGAAUUCAGCACUGAGCCCGAACUGAUGCCAAAGACUCCCUCUCAGAAAAAAAAUAACCGCAGAAAGCGAGUGUCUGUGGGGCUCAAUGAAAACCGCAGCAAGAGACGUUUCUCCAAAGGCAAACGCAGCAACCUGCGACGCUCGUCAGUGCAGACCACUCUAAACCUCAUCUCAGAGCUCCACAGUGUACACGAGCCCGCCACCAGCCCGGAGACCCAGUCCGAUCAGCCGCUGCGCAGGACCCGACGCAACAACAAAACCGCCGCGCCCGCCGCCACGGCCGAAAGCGACCAGGUCACGCGCAGCACCCGCAGCAGGACGGCCGCCGCAACCCGCCAGGCUAAAGAACAGCCGGAGGAAGCGAGAGAGGAGAGGAAGCCGUGCAGCCCCUCUCCCGCUGCUGCUCCCUCCUCACCCCUCCCUCAAAGCCUGGUGUCAGAGGCCAUGGGGAGCAUAUCUGCCCCGGAGACCCACUCUGCCACGAGUCCCGCCCCCUCCCCCGGCCGCUCCGCCAGUAAGAUAGCGAUCGCCGCCGGUCAGGGCACGCCUCAGGGCUCCGGUCGUAACUCGGUGCGUCGGUCUCUGGUUCUGAGGCAUUCCCUGGUCGGCCUGAGGUACAGCAUGACCCAGGAGGCCGUUCGCAGGGCCUCCAGACGAUCCUUCCUCAAGAAGAAAGCCAAACUGGGCAGCUCCACCAGCAGCAGCACCGUCAGCGAGGAUGUUUGUUUGGACACAGAUGACGAUGCAGAGGAGAGGGUGGAGGAUGUGAUGGAUGGAGUCGUGGAGGAGCUGGCAGAACCUCAGACCGCGGAGCCAAAGUCAGUGCCAAUGUCAGAACCAGAACCGGAGGAGGAGGAAUCUGUGCAGCAGACCGAGAAACUCAGCGUGGAGCCCAUUGGUCGCUUCACACGCUCCAUGCUUCAGUCCACGCCCACCAGCGUCGUGCCCCUGGGCACCGCCUCCCGCAUAGAGAAAGUGUGCACGCCUACCUCAGGCUCAGCUGAUAGUGUGAAGAAGACUCCAGCUCAGACCAGUCUCAGGUCCACUCGCUCGAGUGCUAAGCGGCGAGCAGUGGAGGCGGCAGCAGAGGAGAUGAUGAGCCCUAGGAAGAGGUGUUCUCCUCCCAAAAAGAGUCAGAGUGUGAUCAAGCCCCAUAUGAAGUCCUUCCUGCAUACGGUCCAGAAGAACCAGCUUCUCAUGAUGACCCCAGGGUCACAGGGUCGCAACUCCGUCCUCAAGUCCUUCAUCAAACAUAGCACCCCUGGCAAAAUUGACCCCAAGUUAUGCGCUGGUGCAGUGGAGCGGGAAAGGCAGAAACUAGAGGCUCUUAACAAGAAGAUUGAGCAGGAAAACGAAAGAAAGAGAAGGAUUGAGGAGGAGAGAAGAAAGAAACAGGAGGAAAUUAAAAGGAAAAGGGAUGAGCGUCUACAGCGGGUGGUGGAGUCGCGACUGAAGGGAGAGCAGAAGGAGCAGGAGAAGAAAAAGAAGAUUGAACUGAAGAUGGCUCAGAUUGAGGAGAAAACGGACAAGUUACGGGUGGACCGCUUGGCCGAAGAGAAAGCCAAGAAGAAAGUAGCCACUAAACGACAGGAAGAGAUAGAACUGCGCAGGAAGCAGGAGGAGGAGGCCAGGAAGAAGAAGAUCCAGCAGGCCGAGGAGGAAGAACGGAGACAUCAGGAGGUGCUGGCCAAACGCAAGGCGGAAGAGGAGCAGGAGAGACUCCGCAAGCAGGCAGAGGCCCGCCGCGCCCUCGAACUGAAGAGAGAACAGGAGAGGGAGAGAGAAAGGGAACGAGAGCGGGAGAAAGAGAGGGAGGAGAGGAUAGAGCGGGAGAGAGCCCUGGCUCUUCAGAGGGAGCUGGAGAAGGCGGCACGAGAGAAAGAGAGAAGGGAACUGGAGGAGAAGAAGAGAAGAGAAGAAGCUCAGAGAAGAGCAGAGGAGGAGAGAGCAGCUCAGGAGAAACGUGCUGCUGCCGCUGCUGCUGCUGCUGCCCCAAGCAUUUCUGUUGAGGUUCAGUUAAAUGUUCCUAGUUCACUCACAAAGACCCCAGUGGGUAAAGGUGCUGCCCUGAACGUGACCAUAGACAAAGGCUCCGCCUCCACCCUCAAUGUUACCGUGGAUAUUGAGAAAUCUCCUCAGUCCUACCAAAUGACUCCUAAAGGCAAGAAGCCAGUGGAGGUUUUGGAGAACCCAGACGAUUAUGGGAUGGACCAGAACAGCGACGACUCCACAGACGAUGAGUCGGCGCCAAGGAAACCGAUCCCAUCUUGGGCUCAGGGCACGCAGCUCCAGCAGGCCAUUAUGAAGCAAUAUUAUAAACCAGUAGACCUGCACGCGUACUUCGGGGAGGUGGAGCAGCCGCGGCUCGAGCGCAUCUUUCAGAAGACUAAGCCGCGCUAUUUCAAACGCACGAGUUCCGCAGUCUGGCACUCUCCGCCACGCAUGGGAAUGACCUAA